AUGGCUGAGUGGUGCACUAUAGAGUCAGAUCCAGGCGUCUUUACAGAGCUUAUCAAGCAAAUCGGAGUAAAAGGGGCUGAAGUUGAAGAAAUUUACUCAAUUGAUAAUCUCGAAGACUGCAAACCCGUAUACGGGCUAAUUUUCCUUUUUAAAUGAAUGUCCGGGCCCCAAAAGGAAUGCAUGGAAUUUUAUGACCCUGACUUAUUCUUCGCGAACCAAGUAAUUACAAAUGCAUGUGCAACCCAAGCAAUUUUAUCCAUCCUCCUCAACUCCAAACUUGACAUAGGCCCAGAGCUCAGAAACCUCAGAGAAUUCGCAAUGCCACUAGACUCACAAACAAAAGGACUGACGAUAGGAAACUCAGAAGUUAUAAGGAACGCCCACAAUAGUUUUGCCAGGCAAGAGCCCUUCGAAUUGGUCAAGGUAAAAGCAACAGAAGACGACGACGUUUUCCAUUUUGUAAGCUACAUCCCCUUUAAUGGGCAUAUUUAUGAGCUCGAUGGCUUACAGCCAGGACCUAUUCACCAUGGUGAAUGCAAUGAAGAAGACUGGCUCGAAAAAAUAAAGCCAGUCCUUUUCGAAAGAAUCCAAAAAUACUCACUCCCCCCCCCCCCCCCUCCGUGAGCGAACAAAACCAUUAGAAAAAAUCGCCAUUUUUUGACCAAAAACCCACCCUCCGUGAGUGAACAAAAAUUUUUUUAAUAGAAAAAAAUUUUAAUGGAAAAAAAUUUUGAUAUAUAAGUGAUAAUUAGUAUAAUGAAAUCUAGAGCUAAUUCUGUUUAAUUUUAAACAAAUUGCGUUUUUAAAAAACAUAAAUUUUGCAAAUUAAAUUAAUAUUUGCUUCCCCAAUUUUUGCAAAUUAGGAUUUUUUUAAAUUUCGAAAAAAAUAUUUUUUAUAAAAUUUAUAUAUAAAUUUUUUUUUAAAAAAAAAAAUUAACCCCCCUCCGUGAGCGAACAAAAUUUUUUUGUUCGCUCACGGAGGGGGGGGGGGAGUCAGAAAACGAAAUCAGGUUUACUUUGCUUGCAAUCGUAAACAACAAAAAAGAAAUCGCAGAGGCUGCAUUAAGAGAGCAGCAGUCCCACAUUUCAGCGAUCCAAAGCAAGCUGAUGUCAUUAGGUGUAGAAAUCGAUAGCAGCUAUAUGGAAAUCGAGUUCGAUGAAGACUAUUUCAAUAACUUGCCUGAUGACAUAAACCAGCUGCAGUCAGAACUGUAUGCGAAGCAAGAAGCCGCCAAACAGCAGCAGAAUAUCGUGGAAAAUGAGAGCUUUAAGAAUAAGAAGUGGAAGGAGGAAAAUGUAAGAAGAAGACAUAAUUACAUACCGUUUAUUCUUGCAUUGCUGCAGAAGUUGGCUGAUAAAAAUCAGCUGAUUCCUCUGUUGGAGCAGGCGAAAAAGAAAAAGAAAAGAGAUAACCCUGAACAGCAAGAGGCAUUAAAUAAGUAA